UCACUUGACUGAAAAGAAAAAUUAGUGGGGGGUAUACAAUUAGGGCCCGCAGGGCGAAGAGUCCAUCUUCUUAUCGAACGCCACCACCGACUAUCGCUACAAUUAGAGCGAUAGCCGUACCUCCGGAAAGAAAGGCUCCGCUUGCAAUCACAGUUUGUACGAUGGAGGUUCAAAUCCAAGAAUCAGUUGUUGGUAGGCCUCAGGUUAAGGUGCAAUUUCAGCUUGGUUCAGAAACAUAUUCUGUCAGCGGAAACAAGGGCAUACUUUCUGAGCAACUGGUUUCAGUUAAAGAGGAGAGCAUGGCCAUAUUGAAGGACUUCAUCACCAAACACAAUGUUCCUAAUGAUGUCCCUGAUGAACCUGUUGAAGACUCUUCUGAAGAUGAUGGUGAAAUUCUUGAGAAGCCUCAAGUCAAGUCAAAGAAGACAAAGCUUACUUGAUUCUGUUUCUGUACAAGGGUCUAAACCCCAUUAUCAAAAGUUCCUUUGAUGUGUUGAACUAUUUAUUAGCAUCAUGUGGCUACUGAGUGUUUACAGCUUUGUCUACAGUGUCUAAUUCUUAAAAGUCAAGAUUAAGGAGUUGUUUUUAACUAGAAUAAAAGAUGGAAACUGAACUCAA